AUUUUUGCAAUUGUUUACUUUUCGUUUUUAUUUAUAUACAAAUCGCAAAAUAACACAAUCUCUGAUAAUGACGGUAAACAGUGAUCUAGUCAAAGAACGACAAAAUGCCACAAUAAAUAGUGAAGAUUUUGCUGUAUGGUGGAUGGGUGGUAAAGAUGAACUUUGCAAGCGCAGAGCUUUGGAAAAGCUUUUCUUUGACGAUCCACAAUUUGAUGAUUCCCACAAUAUUAUGAAUUUCUCACACAAAGAGCUUUACGAGCAUACCACGGAAAAGUCUACCAAAGUAAUUCGAAAACUAAGAGAAUGGUAUAGAGAAGAGCAACAGAAACAGGGUGCCAAGUCAACAUCCAUAGAUGAUAUGUAUUUAUUUCGUUCACUGCUUAGUGGUCCAUUGGGCACUGGAUUGUUUCAGCAGAAUUUUCCUUUACGUUUACAUUUCUCCAUGUUUUUAACGGCCCUGUUGGGACAGUCCAAUGAGGAGCAACGUAGUGAGUGGUUAGAAAAGGCUUGGAAUAUGGAGGGCAUUAUUGGUACUUAUGCUCAAACUGAAUUAGGCCAUGGCACAUAUUUACGAGGCCUAGAGACACGAGCAGAUUAUGACGUGGAAAAACAGGAGUUUAUUUUAAAUACCCCCUCUUUAACGGCCUAUAAAUGGUGGCCGGGAGGUUUGGGUCACACCGCCAAUAUGGUUGUGCUAAUGGCUCAAUUGUACAUUAAGGGUAAACAUUAUGGACUGCAACCAUUUUUGGUACGUAUACGUAACGAGAAAACCCAUCAGCCAGAACCAGGUGUAGAUGUAGGUGACCUUGGCCCGAAACUUGGAGUUAAUGGGGUCAAUAAUGGUUUUUUAGGUUUGAAAAAUGUUCGCAUACCUUUGCGUCAAAUGCUGUCGAAGCAUAAUCAAGUUUUGGAGGACGGUACUUUUGUCAAGGGACCAGAACCUCUGAUGUUGUAUAGUACCAUGUCCUAUGUUCGUGUGAUGAUCGUUAAAGACGUUUCGUUUAAUCUAUUGCAGGCGGCUACAAUUGCAACCAGAUAUUCCGCCAUUCGCCGUCAAGGAAUAGAGUCAUUGCCACAAAAAGAAGUACAAGUUUUAGAUUUCCUAACUCAACAACAUAAGGUCUUUCCUCAAAUAGCUAAGGGAAUAUUCUAUCGCUUGGCGUCAGACUAUGUGUGGGAUCUCUAUCGUACUGUACACAAGGAACUCGACCAGGGUAUUAAGCGUAAUUUACCCGAAUUACAUGCUCUAUCAUGUUGCUUGAAAGCCGUAUGCUCUCAUGAGGCAGCCAAUGGAGUAGAGAUAUUGAGAAAGGCAUGUGGAGGUCAUGGCUAUUUAAAUUCAGCAAAUUUUGUUUCCAUAUAUGGUGCCGCUGCGGCCGCUUGUACCUACGAAGGAGAAAAUACUGUACUAUUACUACAAACAGCCAAAUUCUUAGUAAAAUAUUUUGAGCAAGGCAUCAAGCGUAAAUAUUUGCCUAAAUCUGUGGUGUAUUUGCGUACCAGCAGCCAGGUUAAAUGGUCUUUAAAUUUGGAAUGUAUAGUGAAAAUUUUGGAGAAAACCUCAUUGGAACGUGUGAAAUAUGUUUUUCUAACGCAAAGAUCUUUUACUAAAAAACAACCAGAUAAUUCGGCUCAAAAGGCUGCAAAUCGUGCUGGUCUAAUAUUGACCCAAACAGCUGUACUACAUGGCAAAGCCUUUCUAGCGCGCAUGGCUUACGAAGAGAUCAAUCAACAAACCAAUAAGGGUCAAUUCAAUGCUAGUCUGAAACCGAUAAUGCAUCAGCUCUUAAACAUCUUCAUCUUGGAAAUGUUCUUAACUAGCUUAGACGAUAUUUUACGUUUUCAACGCUCGAUAACAGCCAAGGAAAUUGAAGAAGUGGAAAGACUUUAUGAAGACAUGCUAAUGGCUUUUAGACCAAAUGCAGUGGCUUUAGUUGAUGGCUUUGAGUUUCAUGAUCGUGUGUUAGGUUCAACAUUGGGCUGUUAUGAUGGUCGUGCUUAUGAGCGUCUCAUGGAUGAGGCCCGUAAAAGUGAUUUGAAUCAAGAACCUGUGAAUCGGGUAUUUGACACGCAUUUGAAGCAUUUAUUGCAAGCUAAAUUGUAGUAAAAUAGAAAAUAUGUAAGUGAUUUGGUGUUGGUCCUGUUAGAAUUUUUAUUUUUUUUACUAAAUGAUAAUCUGAUAAUAAAUUACAUAUUGAAGUACAAA